UUUCUCUAAGCUUUUGCCCAUGUCAUCCUCCCCACUGCCACCCCGCCCCACACACACUCCUUUUCUUCCGUCUUUACCCACACCUUGAGGGUCAGGUGGUGACGCCUCCCCAGGGUGGAGUGGCGUAGCAGAUGUCUGCCCCCUCUCUGACCCCCAAUGCUGUCCCCUCAGACUGCGAGGAGCUGCUGCCGCCGUUGCCGACUCCCAUGGCCUACAUGCCGGGUGGAGGUGCCCCAGCACCGGGGGUGGCCCCCGUGGGCUCCCAGUACUGCGUGUGCAAGGUGGAGCUGUCAGUGAGCGGCCAGAACCUGCUGGACCGGGACGUCACCUCUAAGUCCGACCCCUUCUGUGUCCUCUUCACAGAGAAUAAUGGCAGGUGGAGUGAGUAUGACAGGACAGAAACUGCAGUCAACAACCUUAACCCUGCUUUCUCCAAGAAGUUCGUCCUUGACUACCACUUUGAGGAGGUACAGAAGCUGAAGUUUGCCCUGUUCGACCAGGACAAGUCCAGCACGCAGCUUGAGGAGCAUGAUUUCCUGGGCCAGUUCUCCUGCAGCCUGGGCACGAUCGUCUCCAGCAAGAAGAUCACUCAGCCUCUGCUGCUGAUGAAUGACAAGCCUGCGGGGAAGGGCUUGAUUACGAUUGCUGCCCAGGAGCUUUCAGACAAUCGGGUCAUCACGCUGAGCCUGGUGGGCAGGAAGCUGGACAAGAAGGACCUCUUUGGGAAGUCAGACCCAUUUCUCGAGUUUUAUAAACCAGGAGGUGAUGGCAAGUGGAUGCUGGUCCACAGGACUGAGGUGAUCAAGUACACUCUGGACCCCGUGUGGAAGCCAUUCACUGUGCCAUUGGUGUCCCUGUGUGAUGGGGACGUGGAGAAGCCCAUUCAGGUUAUGUGCUAUGACUAUGACAACGACGGGGGCCAUGACUUCAUCGGUGAGUUCCAGACCUCGGUGUCACAGAUGUGUGAGGCUCGUGACGGCAUCCCGCGGGAGUUUGAGUGUAUCAACCCCAAGAAGCAGAAGAAGAAGAAGAACUAUAAAAACUCGGGCAUCAUUAUCCUGCGUUCCUGCAAGAUAAACCGGGACUACUCCUUCCUGGACUACAUCCUGGGAGGCUGCCAGCUCAUGUUCACUGUUGGGAUAGACUUCACAGCCUCCAAUGGAAAUCCCCUCGACCCUUCCUCUUUGCACUAUAUCAACCCCAUGGGCACCAAUGAAUAUUUGUCAGCCAUCUGGGCUGUUGGGCAGAUCAUUCAGGACUAUGACAGUGAUAAGAUGUUUCCAGCUCUUGGCUUCGGGGCGCAGUUACCCCCAGACUGGAAGGUCUCCCAUGAGUUUGCCAUCAACUUUAACCCCACCAACCCCUUCUGCUCAGGCGUGGACGGCAUCGCCCAGGCAUAUUCGGCCUGCCUGCCCCAUAUCCGCUUCUACGGUCCCACCAAUUUCUCUCCUAUCGUCAACCACGUGGCCCGGUUUGCGGCCCAAGCCACGCAGCAGCAGACAGCCAUGCAAUACUUCAUCCUCCUUAUCAUCACGGACGGUGUCAUCAGCGACAUGGAGGAGACGCGGCACGCCGUGGUGCAGGCCUCCAAGCUGCCCAUGUCCAUCAUCAUCGUGGGCGUGGGUAACGCCGACUUCGCUGCCAUGGAGUUCCUGGACGGGGACAACCGCACGCUGCGCUCCCACACAGGGGAGGAGGCAGCUCGCGAUAUCGUGCAGUUCGUGCCCUUUCGAGAAUUCCGCAACGCGGCAAAAGAGACCUUGGCGAAAGCUGUGCUGGCAGAGCUACCCCAACAAGUUGUUCAGUAUUUCAAGCAUAAAAACCUGCCCCCCACCAACUCGGAGCCCGCCUGAGUGCCAGCCCUCACCCAGCAGCAGCAUGCCGGCUGGGCCUCCCGCCCUCCCCAGGAACAUGCACGCUCACCUUGCUUCCCUGUGGGUGGCCUUUUUUUUUUUUCUUUUAAACUGAUCCACAUUUUUAUUUUCUACAACCAGACCUCCACACCCCCAACUUCCUCCAGCCCAGCUGGGCUUCCUUUAUUGGAGUCGAUUGAUGAUACUUCCAGGCCAAACUGGCUUCCUCUCCUCUCCCCACCCUUGCCACUCUUAAGUAUUGAAUGUACUUUGUAUAAUUUUAGUGGAAUUGUUAUUAAAGAGAAUAAAAUUUUUACAAUCA